CCGCUCCGCUCUCCAGCAGGAAUCGGCCCCUGGGAUAAUCACGUGAUCCAGUGACGUCAGGUUGGGAGAGACAGGAAGUGGGAUGCAGAGGUAGCGCCGGAGCCAGAGACAGAUUUUGAGUAGCCGGACACCGACUCCCUAAAGAUGUGGAAAUCCGCCGCCGGGCACUCUCUCUCCAUCUCCACAGAUGAGACAGACGACUGGGAGACAGAUCCAGAUUUUGUGAAUGAUAUAGAUGAGAAAGAACAGAGAUGGGGAGCAAAAACCGUGACGGGGUCUGGACAUCAAGAACACAUCAAUAUUCAUCAAUUGCGGCAGAAUGUGUCGCAUGAACAUAAGGAAAUAAAGGAGAAGGAGUUAGAGGUCGGGCCUAAAGCGUCUCACGGCUACGGCGGCAAGUUUGGUGUGGAGAAGGAUCGCAUGGAUAGAUCAGCUGUCGGCCAUGAAUAUCAGACCAAGCUCUCCAAACACUGCUCACAGUCAGAUUCCGCAAAAGGCUUCGGAGGAAAGUUUGGGGUUCAGACCGACAGAGUAGAUCAGUCUGCUGUGAACUUUGAUUACAAGGGGAAGACCGAAAAACAUGCAUCCCAGAAAGAUUAUGCCACUGGCUUUGGGGGCAAGUAUGGAGUCCAGGCCGAUCGAGUGGAUAAAAGUGCCCUCGGCUUUGACUACAAGGGCAAGACUGAAAAGCACGAAUCCCAGAAAGAUUAUACAACUGGCUUUGGAGGGAAGUUUGGCGUACAGGCCGACCGUGUGGAUAAGAGCGCAGUCGGAUACGAUUACCAGGGGAAAACUGAGAAACAUGAGUCGCAGAAAGACUAUGUGAAAGGGUUUGGAGGCAAGUUUGGUGUGCAGACAGACAGACAGGACAAGUGUGCGCUUGGCUGGGACCACCAGGAAAAGCUUCAGCUGCACGAGUCCCAAAAAGAUUAUUCCCAGGGAUUUGGCGGAAAGUACGGUGUGCAGAAAGAUCGCAUGGAUAAGGCGGCAGCAUCGUUUGAAGAUGUAGAGAAAGUCUCUUCGUCCUACCAGAAGACCCGGCCGGUGGAAGUCGAAGGAAGCAAAGCCAGCAGCAUCAGAGCAAACUUUGAAAAUUUGGCCAAAGAUAAAGAGCAGGAGGACCGGAAAAAGGCAGAGGCGGAGCGAGCACAGAGAUUGGAGCGUGAGAGGAGAGAACAGGAGCAGGCAAGGAGGCAGCAGGAGGAGCAGGAAAAUGCUAAGCCUCAGACCCCACCCGCAUCUCCUAAAGCCACAGUACCAGAGAGCCCAAUCUACGAGGAUGCCUCCCCUGUGUAUGAGAGUGAGCCGCACAGAGAACCCCCUGUGUCUGAGCCUGUGUAUGAGGACCACCAAGAUGCUGGGGGGCACCAGGAGGCGGAGCAAGAAGCCGUGUAUGAAUCGGCAGAUUACCAGGAAGAAGAGAACACCUACGAUGAAUACAGCGAAGACCUUGGAAUCACCGCCAUCGCCCUGUACGACUAUCAGGCUGCUGGAGACGAUGAGAUUUCCUUCGACCCCGACGACAUCAUCACAAACAUCGAGAUGAUCGACGAGGGCUGGUGGAGGGGUCGCUGCAAGGAAUGCUGCGGUCUCUUCCCGGCCAAUUACGUGGAGCUUCGCCAGUAAGGCUCCUCAUUAGCUACAGGGGGAGGGGCCUGUAACACAUUUUUAUUUUGGCUGCUUUGGCUAACAAGCGGCACUCGCCCCGUGGCUGGUUUGCAGGCUCCUCCCCCAGCGCCAAGUGUUGCCAUAACUAAGCCAUCGGAUCCUUACACUACAAAUCAUGAGUUUUUGGAGAGGGUUUAGAUUUUUUUUAAAAAAUAUAAUUUUUUUCCCCUCUGGCUUUUAACGAGCAAACGAUUCAUUUAAUGACUAUUAACCCAUUCGCUGCCAGAUGUGCCUCCGCUACCUUGGACAAAUCUCUCGGGCUGUCUCAACGCCACGGUUUUGGUUCUUCUUCCUCAUUUCAGCAGCGCCCGACUGAGGCUCCUCUUUCUUUUGUCUCAUUCAUUGUAAUCAGUGGCUGAUUCUCUCUCCAAACCCCCCUCCCAAUAAUUGUUACCCCGGAACGUGCUCCCCAGAUACGGAACAUUCUGCAAGUGAACCGUCUGAUUGGCUGAUCAAGGAGCCGCCCCUUAUAAGCCCCAAAUCCCCUUCCUUAGUUUUGCUCUUAGUUGCCCUUUACAGUGACCAAUCUCACACUGUACAUUCCGCUAUUUUUUAUUUUUUUUAAGCAAAUACCGUCCUUCUACCGGAUCAGGCUGUGAUUGGCUGAUGUGCGCUCAUGGCGCUAAACUCCUCCCCUCACGUGUAACGGGAACCCAUCAGUAUUAUGAGCACACCAUGUUGUGAUCCUGCUGAGCUUUUAAGGCUGUGACGACCCUAUUAACGACCCUCCAUCAGGGCUGCAGGGAGUUCUAGUCCUUUAACAACUGGUGUUAUAAUAAAAAAUAAAUUUCUCCAAAGCCCCCCAGCAGUUUUCCUUUGCCAAUGAACCAUUUGAGAAAGAAGCAGAUGUGCCCUCUUGUAAUACAAAGGGCCACCCUAGAAAAAAAUGCAAUUUCUUGAAGGUCAUGUAAACCCUUAAAUAAAUGAAUGUGAACAUUCUCUGAGCUCUCUCCUGAGCACUUUAACAAUUUAACGUUUUUUCCUAGUUUUCAAGAUAUUUGCAGUUCUUAAACUGCUGUUAGAAUGAAUUUGAAACAAUAUCUCCACCUGCUGGUCAUUUUAGUUAUUCCACCAAAAUGAGCAGCAGGUGGCGCUGUUGUUUGAAAUGCGUUCUUAUAGCUGCAGAUUUUGGACCAGUAUUUAAGCCGAUACUAAUGGUGCGGUAGAGGGCGGUGUGCGCCAAGUAGGGCGAUUCCUACGUUUCUUUCGGGGAGGAGGGGGGUGAAAUACAUAAACAUGGGUGGGUUUUUUAUCCUUUAGUUCUUUUUAUCUGUUUUUGCAUACGGCACUUCAUGUAUGAUUUUGUAACUGAUGCUUCAAUAAAGUUUUUUUUUUU